AUGAUGAGAGACUGUAGGACGGAUGGGCGGGAUGUAGUGAUAGCCGGCGAUUUCAACGCUAAGUCUCCCUCCUGGGGUUCCGCGACCACAAAUGAGAGGGGCACGUAUGUCAAUGAAUGGAUCCAUUCAUUGAACUUGGUUGUGCACAAUGACAGAGUCGAGCCAACCUUUGUUAGAGGAGCCAGUGUCUCGUACAUUGAUCUGACGAUCUCAUCGGAGGGGUUCGCGAGUAAGAUAGCGGGAUGGAAAGUCCUACAAGAAGAGUCCCUUAGCCUACAUAAAUACAUCAGUUAUAGUGUCAACGCGGGGAAAAAAUCUAAAGCGCCGUGCCUGAAAGGUAACACCGUCCUGAAUAAGGAAAUAUUUUCAGCCGUACUGACAAUGACCUCCCACGACGUAACACCAGAUAACGUUGUGGAAAAGUUAAGCGAUGCGCAGAACUUGGCCUCUGGAAGAAGUCAUAGAGACCGAAGACGAGAACAACCGUACUGGUGGUAUUCGGAGACCGAUACGUUACGCAAGGCAUGCAACUCCCGUAGAAGGGAGGUCACCAGGGCAAGGACAAGAGGUGCUGAGAACGAAGAUCAGGAAGUAGCAUAUAAGAUCGCCAAAUCUCGUUAUGGAAAGGCAAUUAAAAAGGCCAAAAGAGAAAAGUGGAACGAGCUCUGUAAUGAGCUGGACAACGAUCCAUUUGGGCAGGG